AUGCAUGCAUUUUUCACACUAACCGCACAACUAACUCACUCACGCUGCAUCCGGCGGCGGAUUGGCCGCGGCGGUCGAUCCUCCAGACGCCGUCGGCUUCUCCACCGGAUCCUCCGACGAGCUCGACGACGCUUCCUGGUUCAUCGCCGGAGACUGAGACUGAGACUGAGACGGAGCCGGAGCCUUCUUCUCCUCCUCCACAAUCGCCGAAAUCCCCGCGGAGUCGCCGCGAAUCCCGGCGAAAUCGGAGCCGAUCUGAUCCAAAUUCAGGAAUCCACCGCCGGAUUCCGCCGCGAUGUCCCACCCGAACUCGCUGAGCACGCUAGUCUCGAGAUCGUACGGAUCGCCGCCGCCGAGGAAAUAUCCGCGAUCGGCGUCCGCGGCGGAUCGCCAGGCGGAGUCCGGCCGAUCCUCGCCGUCCAUGCCCGGUGGAGAGAUCGAUUGCAGUCUUGCAGAGGAAUUCGCCUCCAUCACCGGCCCGCAACUCCGGUCAGUGCCCGUCUGAAAUUCGUCGUGCCCGCAACAUCUCCGUUCGUGAACCUCUGCAACUCCAACCUUAUUUCUUCCGAUUGUGAACAAUCCGCGACUCCGACCCGAAUUUGUCCCUUCGUGAACCAUCUCCCCGACGACAAGGACCAUCUCUCCGACGGCCCUUUACCUUCGGCUAGGUUGAAAGCCCUACACGCUCCGACGUCUCUGUUGCUGCCUUCGGGGUCCUUUUGCUUCCUUCCUGAUCGCAAUGAAGUUAACAUGGACAUAAAUAUGCCUGAUGCAUCCAAUUUGAACUUCGAUGAUGAUGGAGAUGAUGGAAAUGGGGAUGAUGAUCUUCUUGGUUAUGGUCAUGCCGAUCUUGGAUUUGGAGGAGUUAGGAAAAAUUCAUCCCCACAACCACCUCAUGCUGCCGUCAUCAACAGCGGCGCAUCGCCCUCUCCCUCCUCAGCCUCCACCUCCUCCGCACGCCGUAAGCUGAGGACAUCACCACUAUGUCGGAAACCCCAACUGACCCCAAGCCACCGGCCGCCAGAAUCAAACACCCCAUUCGACCCCAAGCCGUAG